AUGCCAGCUGUUCUAAUUACCGGCGCCACUGGCAAACAAGGAGGCUCACUCAUCAGAAGCCUCGUUGCGAGAAAAUCACCUUUGGAGAUUCUUGCCGUCACGCGCAAUGCUCAGUCUUCAUCUGCCCAGAAAUUGACGAAAUUGUCAUCGAACAUCAAAUUGGUAGAGGGAAACUUGGACGACCCGGCGGCUCUUUUCCAGAAUGCACGCAAGGCAACGCAGUCCUCUAUCUGGGGAGUUUACAGUGUUCAGGUUGCAAUCGGAAACGGUGCACUUGAGGAGGCGCAAGGAAAAGCGCUCGUUGAUGAGUCGCUGAAGCAGAAAGUUCAAUUCUUUGUCUACAGCUCUGUUGAUCGAGGGGGCGAUGCCUCUUACGCCACUCCAACCAAGGUGCCGCAUUUCAUCAACAAGCACAACAUCGAACACCAUCUAGUGGAAAAGAGCAAGAACACCGACAUGAAGUGGUUUAUCCUCCGACCCACUGCUUUCUAUGAGAAUCUUGUCCCGGGAUUAUUCGGCAAAGUGUUUGCAACCUGCUUCAAGAUGGCACUGAAGGGUAAACCCUUGCAGAUGGUGGCCACUGACGAUAUCGGAUUCUUUGGAGCCGAGGCUUUUACGCACCCAGAGAACUACCAAAACAAGGGCCUUUCCCUGGCGGGUGAUGAGUUGACAUUCGAUCAGUUUGCCCACAUUUUCCAGCAAAAGACGGGUCAACCUAUUCCAUCGACUUAUCGAUUUCUAUGCUCCAUCUUCAUGGCGUCGAUGAAGGAUAUGGGCUACAUGUUCAAAUGGUUCCAUGAUAGUGGCUACAAGGCAGACAUUCCUGAGUUGAAGAAAAUCAAUCCGGACUUGAAAGACUUUGGGACCUGGCUUGAACGGGACAGUGAAUUCUCGAAGCACUGA